AUAAACUGCCGUGCGCAUGCGCCGUGAGGGACUGGGACGUACUGCAGAAGACAGAAUCCAGAGGAAAGGACAAGAAUUUUCUUGUCGUGCGACACACAAGACGCCCAUGUCGUGCGAUCCUCGUGUGCUGGAAGGGUGCUUUGAAACUUCAGGCUGUUACGGAGAGAUCUUAUGAGCAAAAAGGAGGAAUCGGAGGCGGUGCAAGCUGCUGCUUUUCCGGCAGGCUUGGAACCUGGUACAGAGGAAGAGCCAGAAGACGCUGACAUGAAGCGAGCUGCAGUGAAACAACAAAUCGAGCUGUACUACUACCAGCUGACGGAGGGUUGUGGGAACUCCGCCUGUAGUAACCAAUCCUGCGCCUCCAGUGGAAGCUUCAGCCCACUCAGCAAGAACGAUGCAGCUGUGCAGGCGCUGGAGUUGUUCAAGAGCAAAGCGCCGCUGUGCAGCCCCAAACCCAGGAAGGUUGCACGCACCACAAACGACAGACAAACUACCAACGGGGUCCGAGAGAGCAUCUCUGCUCCGGUACAGUGUACAGAAGAAAGCCACAAGUCCAAUCUGCAGGGCACAGGAAAACAAGGUGACAGGAAACCCAAGUUCCUGACGGAGGCAGGGUUACAGGAGAUGUUGGACGGCUGCGAGAAAAACGGCAGUUUCUCGCCCGUCAUACGCACCCUCGGGGAGGUGUUCUCCAGCGUGGAGGCCCUCAAGCACAGCUUCUGCAAGGCCGAGCCAGAAACGCAGGCGUCCGACGCCGGCACAGAGAUCGAGAAACACGACAGAGAACUGUCCGAGAAGGAAAUCCACAAGGAGGACGAACUAACCAUAGACGUAGAGGCGGUGAGAAGGUCGUACGCCGCCCUGUUCAGGCAUAGCAACAGUGGCGUGGAAAACGCCUUGUUGAACGGACUCAUAUCCCUGUCCCCCAAUGUGGAACUGGAGUUGCGGUAUCACUGUGCAUAUCAGCAGGACCCUAGGUACCUGAACUUGUUUGUUAUAAUAUUGGAGAACCCAAACCUACACAGUCCCGAGUAUUUAGAGACCGCGUUACCCCUCUUCUGUCGAGCAAUGAGUCAGCUGCCCAUCAAGGCGCAGGCGCGCCUGGCCAGGUUUUUCUCGAGCUACAGCGCGGAGCGUCUGCGGGGCCUGGUGGAGACCAUCCAGCAGCUCAUCACGUUUAAGGUCCUGAGCGGGAGUUUCUCGCGGGUUCACCUGGUGAACGACGAGUCGGCCAUAACCAGCGCGGCGAAGGUGCUGAGCAUUUUCUACAUAGCAAGUAUUCUGGCGGGAGAGGUGGAGCUUGGGGACACGGACGAGCCCGACGCGUCGUUACAGCGCAGGAGGCACGGGUCGUCUGAGUCAGACGAGGGCCAGGAGAGGAAACCCACGCCACUGCAGGUGCUAGAGAAGGAGGUGGGAGCCAGGGUCAUAAACUGUCGGUGUCCGCUCCUCCCCUUCACGGACUUCCACAACGAACCCCUCAACGAGCAGCUAGAGGUGGACAAGGACUACACCUACUACAAGAGCCAGUUGGAGGACAGAUUUUCCUUUCUGAACUAUCCCUUCGUUCUAACGCCGGCCACGAAAAGCCUUGCCUUGUACUACGACAACAGAGUACGCAUGUUCAGCGAGCGGCGCAUGACGGUACUGUACAGCCUGGUGCAGGGCCAAGUCGUGCAGCCGUACCUCAAACUAAGGGUGCGCAGAGACCACAUCAUUGAUGAUGCUCUUGUCCGGUUGGAGAUGAUCUCCAUGGAGAACCCAGCAGACCUGAAGAAGCAGCUGUAUGUGGAGUUUGAGGGCGAGCAGGGGAUAGACGAGGGGGGCGUGUCCAAGGAGUUCUUUCAGCUGGUCGUGGAAGAGAUCUUUAACGCAGACUAUGGAAUGUUUAUCUACGACGAGCAGACACACAUGUACUGGUUCAACCCUUCGUCGUUUGAAACCGACGCCCAGUUCAAACUCAUAGGCAUCGUGUUGGGCCUGGCCAUUUACAACAACGUCAUCCUGGACGUUCACUUUCCCAUGGUGGUGUAUCGCAAACUCAUGGCCAAGAAGGGAACAUUUCUAGACCUGCAAGACUCCCAUCCUGUGUUGUACCAAAGUCUGAAGAGUAUGUUGGAGUAUGAGGGGGAUGUAGAGGAAGACUUCAUGGCAACCUUCUGUGUGGGGAUGUCCGACCUGUUUGGGGGCAGCUCCACACACGAGCUGAAGGAGAAUGGCAACAAUGUGCCUGUCACUGUGGACAACAGACAGGAAUAUGUGGACCUGUAUGCAGACUACAUCCUGAACAAGUCCGUAGAGAAGCAGUUCAACGCCUUCCGGCAGGGAUUCCACAUGGUGACGGACGAGUCCCCACUGGAAGAGUUCUUCCGUCCCGAGGAGAUAGAACUGCUCAUCUGUGGCUGUCCGGACUUUGAUUUCAAGGCCCUGGAAGAGAGCACUGACUAUGACGGAGGCUUCACUAGAGACUCCCAAACUGUGAAGGACUUCUGGGAGCUUGUGCACGGGUUCAGUGAAGAUGAGAAGAAGCAGUUACUGAUGUUUGCUACCGGCAGCGACAGAGUCCCUGUGGGGGGGCUGUCCAAACUCAAACUGGUCAUCGCCAGGAACGGGCCAGAUUCGGACAGACUGCCCACCUCCCACACCUGCUUCAACGUGCUGUUACUCCCAGAGUACUCCAGUAAGGACAAGUUAAAGGAACGGCUGCUCAAGGCCAUCACUCACGCCAAGGGCUUCGGCAUGCUGUGAACCAACCAGCCAACCAUCCACGGCGUAACGUAGCGCGUCCGUCUGAUAGCAAUGUGGGGCUAGUCUUGCAAAUUUGUCGGAAAUCUGAACUAUCUCCGCUCAACGUGUCCAGAUCCGAGCCAGAGUAGGCGAUUGUUAGAUCACCAAGAAGAGAGAAAAAUUAUGAGAGAUGUAUUGCAAAAAAGUCUUUAUAUGCCAGAUUAAAUGACAGAAAUUCAUUCAAUUCAUGCACAGAAACGUAACGUUAUCAAUAUUAGGGGCGGCACCUGGGCUUGUACAAUAUAGUAACUGUCAUUGUUUUCAUGUGUUAUGCUAGGCCAGUCAAACCAACUCAGUUUGUUGCCAGAACCAUUUUGGUGUCAGUUCUUGAUUGAAAGAAGAAAGGAAGAUGACAUGUAUUUAGCGCAAUGCACAUGAUGCCAAAUGCCUCCCGUAAAGACAGUGAAAGCUUAUGUGUUGUUUUUUCUACUGUAGAAAUGGCUAAUACAUUUCUGCUUGUGUUAGCAUCAAUAGCCACUGCACAGCUACGGCAGCAAUUUGUGCGUAGCUACAUCACAAGUCAGGAGGGGAUUUUCUCUCAGUUGACUGAAAUAUAGUAAGAUUCUACAGAAUAAUGCUGCGCUGUGAUGUUGUGAGCUGAAAAUGACAGCCGUGACGCUUCAAGAACAGCCACACACCUUUGUCCAGUCAGCACCAAACAAAAACAUAUCCCAGAAUUCUACUUGGGAUUCAAAAUGUCCCUGAAUCCAGGAACAGGGGGUCUCAGAUGAAAUGCACCAUGACUGUACAGAAAUUCCAACAAAUUCCAUAUGAAUGGUGUUAUAUAUACGUGAUUGCAACCAUUGUAUCCUGAUGAGUCAGCUAAGCAAAAAAAAAUUUUUAGUUCAACAACAGCAUCCAUGUUUAUUGCAUGAUACAUAAGAACAAACCUUAUCUAAAAAAUCCCAUCAAAAUAUUUAAUAAUCAGUGAACUUGUUCUUUGCUCUAUCUUUACAAGCAUAUAGGUUGUGUCAUUAGAGUUUACACUAUCUGAGGCUUUAGUGCAAAUGGCAGUGCUAUAUGAAUCAAAUGUGCCUUUAUACUGCGUAACAUUGAUGUUAGGUUUCCAACAUGGAGUCUCUUUAUCAAUGAUAUAUAUAUAAUUCAGCUGGGCUGUGGCACCUAUCGUAAAGGCAGCUGGCUUGGUGGAUUAUCUAAAGAUUACUAUGAUUUAAAUUUAGGUCGUUAAGAACAACAUGCAAGGACAUUUACAGCGCGAGGUGCCACCCGUACGUGAUUGUUGAGAGCUGCUUUGUUAGAGUACGAGAUCUGGUACCAUGAUUUCCAUGCAGUAAGGCACUGCUUGUUUACUGACUUGGUCCAAUUCUGACUGUGGAACCACAAAAUGGCCCUUGUAAUCACCAGGGAAUAAAUGAGACUAGUGGA